AGCGUGUGACUGGCUGUGACGCGGUGCCGCUCCGGCUCGUGAUUGGUGAGGGGCUGCACGUGGUGCUCAGCACCGUUCAGAGGAGCACCGCCCCGCCUCGGUGUGUGCCGCUCAUUGGAGAAAAGUGCAUUGAAUUUGCGCGCUGCCGUAAGCCUCUCUGCGAUUGGUGCGUGACGAAGCUGCGCGCGCUCUGCGGAAAUAUAAGCGAGGCUUUGAGCAGAUCGGGCCACAUUUUCUCUUAGUGUCGAUACUACGAAGAAAAGAACCUGUGAAAAUGAGUGGGCGUGGCAAGACCGGAGGCAAAGCCAGAGCAAAGGCUAAGACUCGCUCAUCCCGUGCCGGGCUUCAGUUCCCCGUGGGUCGUGUCCACAGGCUGCUGCGCAAAGGCAACUAUGCGGAGCGUGUGGGAGCCGGCGCCCCCGUUUACCUGGCAGCUGUGCUCGAGUACCUGACCGCUGAGAUCCUGGAGCUGGCUGGCAACGCAGCCCGCGACAACAAGAAGACUCGCAUCAUCCCACGUCACCUGCAGCUGGCCGUGCGCAACGACGAGGAGCUCAACAAGCUCCUUGGGGGAGUCACCAUCGCUCAGGGUGGUGUGCUGCCCAACAUCCAGGCUGUGCUGCUGCCCAAGAAGACCGAGAAGCCCGUCAAGGCCAAGUAAACGCAAAGCGCUCAGCUUCACCAAAAACAAAGGCUCUUUUAAGAGCCACACACUUCUCUCUCAGCAAACAUCCUCCUUGCUGUUAAUGUGUCUUUAGCAAGUUGCUUAUUAGGAAAUUUAGCGGGCAUGCGUCUUAAAUUAUUUUAAAAUAUACAUUCUUCAGCUGCCAGUGUUGCCAGUUUAGCGUGAAACAGGCUCUUUGACUAUAAUGAUGUGAUGUGUAAACCUCUAAACUGAAUAAAUUGUUUUCAUUAUUUAU